AUGUCAUUAUCGUACUGUUCCUCGGAUGCGCAAGAGAUUUCUUGGGUCGACGUCAAGACGAAGAACAUGUUCGUCGUCAACAGAUGCAGUGUAAUGAUUGGCAGUCUAUUCCUUCUCCUCUCAAUUCUUGGCCGCGUCUCUUCAAUGUUAAUGUUUGAUAAAGUGGAUGCAGAAAAUGCGUGCCUUCUGUCGAUGUGUGACGUUGAUUCGGGUUGUGUCCCCGUUGGAUGUCAAGUUGAUGGAAAUGAGAGGAUCGGAUGCGGAUAUUUCAAUCUCAAUAUCUAUCAAUAUAGGCAAUGCUACCAGCCCGGAAAGAAGGACGAUGAGCCAGAAGAGACAGCUUGGGUGCAUUGUGCCGAGGACUAUCAUUGCUCGGCUAACUGUAUCAGGAUAAUCGCCUCUCGUUUCCGGUUGAAAUGCUAUGGAAAGACAGAUUGUGAGACAAUGGCCCGUAUCCAUGAUGGAGGGGCUAAUGGAUGUCGGGCACCGCUUACGGCAUCUUAUUGGAAAAAGGUGCGCGGCGUAUGCGGUGAGGCGUGUAACAAGCCAAUCUUCCGGCGCCAC